GUGGCAAAACCAUAGUAGUUUAAAGUGAGACGAGAGUGCAAGAGAGCUUCGUGGUGAAAUUUCCAAGCGAGCGAGAGAUGAAGAAGGGGAAGGGAAUCGCAGUUUCGAGCCCUAAGAGCGGAGAAGACACUGAGAAAGAUUCCCCCUUACCCACCAUCAGAUUCUCUUCCCGAAAUGCUUCCUCCAAAUACGACUUUGUCAAGGUAAAGGUGUGGUUGGGUGAAAAUGCGGAUCACUACUACGUUCUAUCCAGAUUCUUGCUCAGCAGAAUGUUAACUGUCACUAAGAUUCCAAAUCAUGUAGCUAUCAAAAUUGCUCUUGAACUCAAGAAGCUGCUUAUUGACAACAGUCUUUUAGAUGUCUCCCAGUCUGAUUUGGAAGCUAAUCUGUUUAAGCUUAUGGAGCGGCGGGGUUAUGGGGAAGAGUACAUUAGUCGUUACAAGAUGAUGACCAGAUUUCACCACCAAAGAGUGCCAUUUGUAAUUCUUGUAUGUGGAACUGCCUGUGUUGGAAAGUCUACCAUUGCUACCCAGCUGGCCCAAAGGCUAAAUUUGCCGAAUGUCCUACAGACAGAUAUGGUGUAUGAAUUGCUACGAACAGCGACAGAUGCACCAUUGGCAUCUACUCCAGUAUGGGCCCGAGACUUCAGCUCCUCUGAGGAGUUGAUCACUGAAUUUUGUAGAGAAUGCAGAAUUGUUCGUAAAGGUUUGGCUGGUGAUUUGAAGAAAGCUAUGAAAGAUGGGAAGCCAAUUAUAAUUGAGGGAAUACAUUUAGAUCCAAGCAUUUAUUUGAUGGAUGACGAAAAUAAGACAUUAGCUAACAUGCUGGAAAAAUCUAAAGAGGCUAAUCAUGUAUCUGUGACAUGUGAUGAUAGUACUGCAACAGAGAUUGAAAACAAUUCUAGUAGUGUUAAUGGAUAUGACAGUAAAAAGAGCAAUUGUUCUGGGCAUGUGAGCUCAGAAGAAGGGAGUUCUGCUAAUCAGCUGAAUAAAGUCUCGGAUACUCUGGAGUCUAUCAACCUAGCAAGAAGUGUGUCCGGGAGCAAAGGUGAAACUCUUAAAGAUACAGAGACUGGUGGAAAUAGUGCUGUUAGGAAGGAGAAGUCUGGUGCUGAACCAAUAAUUGUACCUAUAGUUCUGAAGAUGUCUGAAUUUGAUCAUAAGGCAUUACUAGAGGAGUGGAUCUCGACUCGUAUAUUUAAGGAUAAAUGUCUAGUCCAGGAUAAAGAUAAGCUAAUAGCCAACUUAAAAAUCAUUCAGGACUAUCUUUGCUCGUUCAAGUCACAGGGUUUGACAGUUGUCAAUAUAUCACCAACGACAUUCCCACAAACACUGGAUUGGCUGCACAGUUAUCUUCUUCAGUGUAUUGAGCAGGGCAUUUCAUCUAAUUCCAACGAAAAGGAGACACGACCAGCUGAAAAUUAGAACACAUUCUGAUGUUAGCUUGAGAGAGAUACCCCUCGUAAUGAUCUAAAUUCAAAUGGGGAGAGAACAAAAUCCGUAGGGGUUCCGGGCAUGACUUCAUGGGGAAGUGGCUGGAAGUUGGAGCACCAAAUGUCGGGAAGUGAAUGUAAAGCUUAACUUUUCACAGGGACCUUUCUUGAGCCUCUAGCCGGAUGAAUGAAGGGUCUUGGGAUUCGUCUUCUUUUGAUUACAGUUCCUUUUCUCUCACUCCAAUUGCCAGCCUCUUGGAACACCCUGCACUUCCUGAAAUCCAGGUGCCCGAUUUUCAAGACCGGAUCAUGCUCUAUAGAGGAUACGUGCAGGUCCCCCACUAAUGGUUCGAUAAGUUAAUUGUUUUAUGAUACUCGUGCCCCCCUUGGUGUAUGAGACGUUGUACAAAUGUAUGCAUUUCGAUUUGGCCGAAUUCUUUGGUUACCAAUUCCAACAUAUUUGUCUUUAUCAGUUCACCAUUUUAGAAGGGGAGGAAGGGGUUAUUGUGAAGCUUAAUUAUAUGAUGUGCUAUGUGCGCAUCGAUGAUUGAAUGCAUUCUCUGUACAACCUCUUUAGAUAAACAAAAAAAGACGCAGUUGUUAUUGUUCCA